AUCACUAAGAUCGAUCGUUUGAGUUGUUGCGUUCGUCGGUGGAUUCGUUUAAUUCUAUUAAACAAUACAAAGAAACGAAAUAACGUUCUUGAAGAAAUUAUUAUAUAGUUGACCGUAAUAAGUCAUUUAGGAUGAGACGUUAUAAUUUUCCAGGGAUUCACAACAAACCUGCUCCACAAAAUGGCCCGUUAAUGACCGAUCACAUCGAGUUACGGGAUUUGGAUCUAGAGCUAGAGUUGCUGAAACGCAAAAGAGAAAUGAUAGAGAAGCAACAACAGCAGUAUGCCAAUGAACAGCAGUAUAACCAUCACCAGAGACAAUACAAUUUUAACAAGCCAUCCCAAAUGUUCGAAGCACAACAACAGCAAAUAUUUAGUCCAAAUCAGAACUACUCUCAAAAUUUUGGACAAUCAUCGCUUCAACCUUAUAACCAUUUUGAUGGUGGUCAAACUAGUUUGCUUGGCAAGCGACCAAAUGAAACUAAGUGGCAGUCCCAUUCUGCAUCUAAACAAUUCUCUGGGCCAAAUGGUGGCAGCUCCCAGAAAAAGUUUAGUGCAGGCCCUCAUAAGAGGUCAAAUCUCUCACACGAUAAGCCCACCCCAUUAAUGAAUUUACAAGUCUCUAAUAUGAAACAAUUCUCCCAAAAUAAUACACCAAACCAACAACCACAACCUUGGGCUCAAAUGCCUUUCUAUGCCAGCACAAAAUAUAUACCUCCUAGUCAACGAUUCAAAAGCUCCAAAGCUAAACCAACUAACAGGGACUUCAAACCCAACAAAGUUACUAAACUAAAAGUGAAUCCAGUAAAUUUGGCUAAUAAACUCAUUUCAUAUCCAAUUCCAAACCAAAAGUCGCCAAAACGUACUUCGGUGACAUCCAAGGAUGCGUCGAAGUUUGUAAAUAAAGUUGAUGGUUCGGCGAAGAGUUUCAUAUUACGUGCUGACGUCGUACCGUCACAGCAAAUAGCUGGCCGUCUAGAAUUAGCACUUGGCCUCUUGUUAAAAGAUAUUAGAUCCAAAUAUGCUGAUAAUGAACUGUAUAAACAUAGUUUCCUGUCAAACCACUUCUUGCGGGAAGUGAAACAGGCAAUACGUGAACGCAUACGGACCGUCAUGAUCGGGAAACACGUCGGCAAAGUCGACUGCAUUGUCGAGGAAUACCGAAAAGUGUUUCCGCUCGAAUCUGACUCGGAUAUAGUUAAAGUUGCAUUGGAAGCACAGAAAGCUGCCAACCACAACUUGCUUGCCAUAAAGAUCGAAGAGAAAGACAUACCUGAACACUACUUUAAAGAGAAUAUGGAGAGACUACUUAAUACAACAUUGGAUGAAAUGUUUGAUAAGUUAAAAGAUUUCUAUGGAUGUGAUAAGGAAACUGAAUGUGCAGCAUUAUUUGAUGUUGUAAAGAAAUACAAUGAUUUGAAUAAAGAUAAGGAAAGUGCAGAUGUUCAGGAAAACAUAGAAGUUCCAGUUUCUGAACAAAGUAAAGGAGAAGGUGAAGGUAAAAGGGAAGGCGAAAUUAAAGACGAAACCAAUAGUAAAGGUAAAGGAGAAGAUGAAAUUGAAGAGAACCAGAAUGACGAUCAUGCAAAAGAGGAUACUGAUGAAAAUAAAUCAAAAAUAGAGAGUAAACCAGAAGAGAAAGUAGCAGAGAAAAAUACGCUGAAGUUUACUCGUAAAACCAAAAAUGAGAUUAAAGAAUUGGAUCGCACUUUAACUGUUUAUAUGAAACGUAAAUUGGCUGCUGUAUUGCCAAAAUUAAAAACGAAUAUUAUGAAAAUUUUGAAUGCAAACAACCAGUAUAAAACUACAAGAGAUGUUAUACUAUCGAAGUUACAAGACAAGCUAUCUAUAGAGUGUCGUAUGAAGGCCGCCACUGAGCAAUCUGUACCUGAGAAGCCGACAGAGGCUACUCCAGCAGUAUCUACGCCAGCUGCAGCUACGGCGCCUCCAUUACCCUAUUAUGUUAAGAUUCAUGGGCGACCAGCUCUUCCAAAGAAGAAGCAGAUGCAAACAUUUCUGCAACAGUUUAAACCAAAAUCGAUUAAGAAACAUAGAAACAUGCAUUUGUUGUUUGUUGGAUUCGACAACAAGGAAGACUUCGAGAAAAUAGUGGCUGUCAAAGAAACUGAAAUAGGUCACGCACAAAUUUAUAUCAAGGUUAGUGAACUCAGUGAAAAAGCAGUCGGUAGAACCCAGAAUGAAUCAUUGAAUGUAUCGACAGUCAGCAGUGAUGAUGAUGUACAACUGGUUAGUGAAGAUAAGUCUGGAAGCGAAAGCAUCAAUUUGAUCAAUUCCGAUCUAGACGAUCAGAUUAACGAUCUACUGACGUCCAUAAGAAAGGAUGAACAGUUACAUGACCAAUCUGAUACUGAAUCUAGAAUAGAUACUGUUCCAGAUGAUAAUGAAGGUCAAAAGGUAGAAGAAGACGCAGUAAAAGAGGGUUGUACUGCAACUGAUAAUCAACCUGGUGAAAACGACGAUGCAAAACCUGAUGAAAAUGAAGAGUCAAAAUCUAAUGAAAUCAAAAAUGAUCAAGGUGAAAUAGAGACAUCAGUGAAUAAUGACGGAAAAGCCGAUGAAGCGUCUGCUGAUGUUAAAAAUAAUGAGAUGGAUACUGAGGAAUCUUCGGCGAAGAUAGUUAAUGAAGAAGCCGACAAAUUGGGGCCUUUGAAGAAUGACGUAAAGUCAUCCGGUACGGCGACGCCAACUAGGUCAUCAGCUCGUAUUAAUAAUGCAACACCCAGUAGAAUUCUCACGAGACGCGCAAGCCGUUUGGCACAAGAAUAACAUUUUUAUUAGUGUAAUAUUCAGGUUUCAUACAUUUUACUUGGUAAAACCUAGAUGAGUAAUUGUUAGUUUCAUCUUAAUUUAGGUAGAUCUACAGAUACUUUUACAUAGUAUUGAUCACAUUUCUUUACUUGUUCUUUUACAUGAUGUUGUAAUGAGUUGAAUAUAGGUCGGUACAUAACUGUGGGAAGAUGUGGCGCGCCUAAUCGGUCGUCGAGUAUUAGAACUGACAAAUAUAUGACAUUCGAGCUUACAAACUUGACUGAUAAUCCGUCUACUACUAACGCAUAGUUUCAUGAGACGCUUGAAGGAUCUUCUGUCUGAUUUGUACCUCUUUGCCUGUCAGAUUUAUAAUGUCUAUAGAAUAAAGUGCAUCCU